AUGGCUGGGCGAUGGCGAGCGGCGCCGCUCCCACGGCCACCCCGCGCCCGGGCACCGGCGGCGGAGCCGAACUGCAGCGGGAGCCCGGCGCACCCCGGCGAGGCGGCGGCGACCCACGCGCGGUCAGCGGCGCAGGGCGGGGGUUCCCCCGCGCCCCCCACGCGAGCCCCGCCGCGGGUGGCACCGCCGGCCCCGCUGCCCACCGCCUCCCGCGGCGCCGCCGCCCCCGCCGCCCCCCGGCCCCGCCGCCACCAUUGUCACCCGGGAAACCACCGGGCGCUGCCGCGGCGGUCCGGGGCGGCGGGGGGAGCCGUGGGGGGGGGCUCACUCCAUCCCUCCCCGCGGCUCCCGGCGCAUCCCCGCCGGGCUGCGGGUACCGACAGCGGGGUUCGGUCGCACCGAGAAAAACUUUGCUCGUUACCCCGACGUUCCCCCCCCUCCCCUUCCCCUCCCAUCCCCGGGAAGCGGCGGGGCCGCUCGGGCGCCGCGCAGGCAGCACCGGCCGGGCCCGACGCGGGCAGGCGGGCAGGCGGCCAGCUCCGGCCCCGCCGCCGCCGCGGGCAGCCCGGGCACGGCGCCGGGCAGCGGGGCGAGCCGCGGAUCCCCCCGCCAAACUUUUUCUCCUCCGCCACCUCCCCUUUCUCCAAGAGCCCCCCGACACCCCCCACCCCAACUCCGCCGCCGGAGCGCCCCGGGGGCCGGCAGCGAGCGGCGGUCCGGGAGCCGCCGCGCUGCGGGCAGCGCUGCCGGGAGCGGCGGGGGCUGCCCGGGAGCCGGGAAAGGGGCAGGAGGGGAAGGGAGCGGGGGUAG